AUGGCCGGGUCGCGUGAACGGUCGUUCGAUUUCAUUGUCGUCGGAGCGGGCAACUCUGGAGCCGUGGUUGCUGGAAAUCUGGCGCGCGCGAUACCCGGACCAAGUGUACUUCUAGUAGAGCGUGGAGGUGACAAUCAAGACCCUGAGUUGAGAGUCGCGUCGGAGCGAUUCACCAAUGUCUACAUAAACGAUGCAGUCAAACUCCGCUACGAGACUGUCCCGCAAAAGAACCUCAACAACCGAAGCCUGGAGUAUCUGCGUGGUCAAGGGCUCGGCGGCUCAAGCAUGGCCAACUUCUGCGGCUAUAUCCGUGGCUCCAGAUCCGACUAUGACACCUGGGCAGAGAUGGUCGAUGAUGAUGCGUUCAAAUGGAAGAAUGUCGUCCAACGCUACUGUGAAUUGGAAAACCUCCAUUUCACCCCCGACGAUGAUCCGGACGGUUUCGUUCGUCUGAGGGAUGGUGUCCACGGUUUCGAGGGUCCUGUGGAUUUGAGCUUGGCGGCAAGACAAGAGUGGCCCACGGGACUGGACAAAGUCAUGAAAGCCAGUCUCCAAUUUGGCUGGCCACUGAACCAGGACCAGAACUCGGGCGAUCUCAUUGGUGUCGGAUCCAUCUCUACGACGACGUACAAGGGGUAUCGUGUUACCAGCGCAUCUGCAUAUUUGAGCAACCCCCCGGCAAACCUCACCAUCUGGACUCACGCUCUUGCCACCAAGCUGCUAUUCGAGAAAUACGGCAACAGUUCAAAGCCCAAAGCUAUUGGAGUAGAGCUUGCGGACGGCCGGAAACCUCGGGCCAAAAACGAAGUGAUCCUUGCGCUUGGAACAAUCGAUACCCCCAAGCUAUUAAUGCUGUCUGGCAUCGGACCCAAGGAAGAUCUCAGGCAGUUGGGAAUCCCCAGUUUGGUGAACCUCCCGCGACUGGGCAAGGACAUGAUCGAUCAUAACUAUGUCAUCGUUUCCUGGGGCGCCAAUACCGAGUUGGGCACGAGUGUUGAUCGUGUCAGGAACGCAGAGCUCGUGGAAACAGCCCGAAAACAGUGGCGAAAAGACCGCAGUGGACAAGACGCGUGGCUGAAUCUGUCAAAUUUGCUGGCAUUCGUCAAGUAUGAUCCCAAGCGGUCACCGAAGACUUUCGAAGAGCUGGAAAAGCUGGAUGAGAGGACGAAGAAAUGGAUCAAACACCCUCAAACUCCCCAGAUCGAGCUCUUUCUCCAGGGCACUGUCCCAGAGGAGUUCGACACGAAGAACGGGCCGGAGUGCUUUAUGCUCGGUAUCAUGUCCAUGCAACCUCAGUCUCGGGGCACCGUCAGACUGGCCUCGAAAGACCCACUUGAAAUGCCUCUGAUCGAUCCUAACUACUUUGAUCACCCGUAUGAUUCGCGCAUGAUGAUCGAAGGGGUCCGAGAAGGCUUCAAUCUCAUCAAGUCAACGGAUUUGUCCAAGUACAUCGUCGGUCCAAACCUGACCCCGGCUUCCGACAGCGACGAAGACAUCCUGAAGUUCCUCAAAACUUACCUCAUGCCGAUCUUGCACCCCGUAGGGACUGUGAGGAUGGGAAGCAGCAAUGACCACAGUGCCUGUUUAGACACCGAUUUCCGGAUUCGUGGAGUUGACGGUCUGCGCGUUAUGGACCUUAGUGUCUGUCCGCUGAUUACCAGUAAUCAUACUCAAGCGACAGCGUAUGUUGUCGGCCAGUUGGGCUGGAAACAACUCCAAAAAGAGUAUGGUCUAAAAAUGACGCCUCCGCAGCAGAAACUUUAG